AUGCUUCCAAGUCCGUUUGCCUCUGGAUAUUCGCCUGUCCCGGCCGAACUUCUGGAGGACACGAUCAAGAAGCCACAAACAACCCCGCAAGAAGUCCCAGACGAUGCAGGGAACACGUAUGUUGAGGAUCCUCCCUUGCGAAAACCUGGAGGCAACAAGCGACGAUUGUCGUCUGCGCCGAAACCUCAGACGAGAAGCUCCAAAACCUUAGCAUGUCUUAACUGCCGACCCAGGAAAAUAAAGUGCGAACGCGUUGGGGGUACCUGUGAGAGAUGUCGGACAUUGGACAUCCCUUGCAGAUUGCCAGAUCGUGAUGAAAGACGAGUACGCUACUCAAAAGACUAUAUCAUCCAACUCCAGGACCAAAUUGCGGAGUUACGAAGCACUGUGGCAAACAUGCAAGCAGCAUACGCCCAGCCCAAGUCACCAUCACAACCGCUGCAUUGGCCGGCGGCCGUAUCGGGUUCGCCAUCACAAGUGCACGCGCAGAUCCAACAACAGCCACCAUUACAGCUGCAGGCCUCUGACUCUUUAGGCUCGCCCACGUUGAUGACAGACGACUCCAGCGCCAUUGGAGAAAGACGUAGCAAGGGGACACCUGAAUCGGAACCGGGAGAGAGCUUGAUCAGCCGCUUAUGUGAAGCCCAAGGACGACUUAACAGCAAGGACGACGGCCAGCUACGAUAUUUUGGACCCACCUCUAGCCUUCAUCUUACGGAGAGCGUGACAACAAUCUUCAAAUAUUGCAGUGAUGUCUCCAAAUUUGGAUCAGACAUUGAGAAGGACGUGCCGUGGGCCAUGCAACAAUAUCUGCUGGACCUAUACUGGAAAUAUCAGCACAAUAUUCUGCACAUUAUCCACAAAGAAGCUUUCCUCGCCGGAAUGCAAGCUCAGCAGGGUCCGUACUUCAGCCGCUGUCUCCUGCUGUGUCUUCUGGCUUCAGCGGCGCGUAUCUCUGUAAGCCCUGAGAUUAGAGCCUUGUCCGUACCGGCAGAUGAUGACGAAACGGGUGAGAAGCCGAUAUUGACCAAGCAAGCUGAGGAGGCUUUGGAAGAAGAGCUCUUGAGUCCGGGGCUGACGACAAUUCAAUCGCUGAUGCUGCUAAGUAUCAUAGACUGCUGCCAAUCGAAUGACUCGCGGGGAUGGAUGCGGUCAGGGAAUGCAUGUCGGCUGGCCUUUGAUCUUGGCCUUCAUGAGAACUGGUCUCGUAUACCCAAUACGAAGCUUUCGCCCCUUGACCUGGAAGUCAGACAGGUCAUACUUUGGGGCUGCGUGGGCUUCGAUAGGCUCUGGUCACUCUAUCUUGGGCGGCCACCGGUCAUCAAGUUGAGUGACGUCUCCAUCGACCGCCCGAAUAGAAACGCCCCCACAUGGGACAUGAAGAUGUUCGCAGCUUGGGCUGAACUGCUUGAGCUUUCGGGCCAUAUCAGCGAGAAAUUAAACACCAACACAUGCUUUCAAGAACAAAUCGACUUGUUCAAUGACGCACUACAAAGAUGGGAUGCCAGCCUUGAUCACACUUUAACAUUUUUUCCGAAUGCGCCUCCGGGCAUCUACCUCCUUCGAAUCCAAUACUCAGCUUUGACUAUCCUGGUAAAUCGGCAUAACGCAGGAUACGGCAAUCCGGAGAAGCGAAACUGUCAGAACUCCAACAGGUCGCGUCGGAUUUGCCUUGAGCAUGCUUUUACAAUCUCGAACCUAGUUCUAAACUACGCGACGCAUCACGGCGAAGCCAAUACGAUGCUAGGUUCUACCUUGUACAAUAUUACCAUGGCCGCCACCAUCUUCGUCGCCGAGAUCAAUGAAAGGAACCGGCAGGACGUAACUGAGGAAACCGCCGCUUUAGCAACCUGUCUGAAAGCCAUGAAAGAAAUGGAGAGUGCCGAGAUCGUGGCUCGGAACCUUCGAAAGAUCCUGCAAACCAUCAUGCGAGUGUGUCGAGUCUGUGAUGUGCCUGAUUAUGGGGAGCAUUUGGAUCACUCGGCCGGAUGGCAACAGCCGAAGCCUGGCGCAGAUCCCAGUGGCACUGAAGUAAGAGUUGCUGAAGCUUGCAACAAGCGAGGGAACGACAGUAACCAGGACAGCGACACUGACUUUUCCUGUUUGAACUUCGAUCCAUCGGCGUUUGAGGGCGUUUUCCAGUUGCCUUUUGACGAAGCCUUGUUAGAUCCGUCUUCGGUGAGUGCUUUCUUAACAUCGUGA